CUCUCUCUUCUCUCUCUUCCUUCACCAAAGCAGCUGCCUUUUUGCCAAACCCCUGUAACUCUGAGAGAGAGAAGAGAGAUCAUCCAUGGGAAUACCUUAUUUUCUUCAAGUUUACCUUAAUCAGAACUCGUUUUCUUCCUCUUCAUCUCCUGUUUUCAGCUUUCCCUUCUUCAAAUCUUCCAAAUCGAUCGUUGAUUUUGUGUUUUCGCCGCUGUUCUAAGCUUUCUUAAAGGUCACUGUUCUGUACAAAACCUUAAGAGGAAUCGGUAUUUCUUUCUUUACUGGAAAAAAAUAAAAAUUCUGAGAUGCCCAUUUCGUCUUCGUCAUGCUUAAGUUGAUUACCGCAGUCAAAGUCGUAUCUUGGUGUUUGGCGGCGCUCUCGAGCUUAGAUCAGUGUUUCCACGGCGUCGUCUCUGAUCUUUCGACAGAUCUUCCCAACUCUCCGCUCACUGGGUUCUUCUCCGCUUUCUCUAAUCCCAACUUCUUCUUCGUUCGGAUCAUUUGACUUCGACGAUUUUAGCUGUUUCGUUGGGAGCUGGAAAGGAUGUUAAUCGGUGUUAUGCAUUAGAGUGAUUUGGUUUAGGGUUUCCACGGCAUAGGGGAUUUUAGUGGGUUAUUGUUUUGGUCAUUGAAGUUUAGGUUUUUAGGGGUUUCCACGGUCUUUGGUAUAUAGACAUUGUUUUAAAAACUGGCUUUUACGGGGUUGCUUUAGAACUUGAUUUGUGAGAUAAAAGACUAUGACUUUGAAGACGGCUGUUAGCUUUCAGUAGUUAGUUCUUUUAUCUGAUGCAAAGAAGGGUUUGGGGCGUUUGAUGCUUGCCGGAUCAUUGUCAUAUUGAAAAAUGUGCGAGAAUGAUCAUUAUUUUGUCGAAUGGAAAGAGCAUUUUGUAUCACAAGAGAGAGGGAACCGUGUUGUUCAUUACUUCCUGAAGGAUUCUGCUGGCGAAUCUAUUCUAGCUGUGAUUGGUACUGAGAGAAGUGUUAGACACAUGUUCUAUGUUGUCUCUGAGGAUUUUGUGCGUAUUUAUGGUUCCGAGAAUUCAAUUCAUGCUGGCUUUAAAUGGAGGUCGAGAAGAGAGGUUGCAGAUUGGCUCACUUCAAUGCUGUCUAAGCAAAAUAUACAAGGAAACUGGUCGAAGUCACCAACGCGUGAGUCAGGUGAAUCUAAUGGAUCCCUCGAAAUUCCAAGCAAUGGAUUUACUGCUCAGCGAGCUCAAGCAACUGAAGAGGUCCGGCUUCCCAUAAACUUGAGUGUUCACAGUUGGGAGAUUAUGUGGUCUGGAGCUUCUUGGAUGUGUGCUAAACAGCUCAAACAUUACCCAUCAUUUUGCAGGAAUGGGACAACAAUAGGGGUUCAAUCUUUUGUCUUUGUCAUGAGCAAAGGGGAUGAUCGGUAUGUUGCAUAUCUGGAAGAUAUGUAUGAGGACAAGCGUGGCCUAAAAAAGGUCAAAGUGAGGUGGUUUCACUACACAAAAGAAGUGAAGGGUGCAGUUGCUCUCAAAAACUCAAACCCAAAAGAGGUUUUCAUCACCCCUCAUUCACAGGUAAUCAGUGCAGAAUGUGUUGAUGGUCCUGCCACUGUCUUGACCCGUGAGCAUUAUGAGGAGUGUGUGUCUUCCUUUCCUAAUUCUUUAUUGGCAAGGGUACACAUGUGCUAUCGGCAACUCAGGAACAGCAAAGUUAAACCAUUUGACUUGAGUAAACUGCGCGGAUAUUUGGACCAACCUAUUAUGUCUUGCUUAAGUUCUAUGGAGCCUGGUCCUGUAGACUGUGCGAUGAAUAUAGAGGAUGAUGAAGAAGGGAGUGAGGGUGAGAAUGUGAUGGUUGGUGCUGAGAGAAACAAGAAAAAACGUGAAGGAAUGAUGUCUGCCCAUCUGUUAACAACUUAUGAAUCUUCAUGCAAGAGACUCAAACUUAAUGCCUCAGGCAAACUAAUUACUUUCCCAACCGAUGUUCAGAAACAUUACAAUGGAGUGAUUAAGGCAGAUGCAAAAAUAGAGUUUCUGUGUCAAGAUAGCGGUAUUAGAGGCUGCUGGUUUAGAUGUACUGUCCUGGAAGUAUCAAGGAAACAGGUAAAACUCCAGUAUGAUGAUAUAGAGGAUGAGGAUGGAUAUGGAAACCUUGAGGAAUGGGUGCCGGCUUUUAAAUCUGCUAUGCCUGAUAAGCUUGGCAUGAGGUCGUCUAAGCGGCCAACAAUACGACCUGCUCCUCCUGAUGCUAAAAUAGUUGACUUUGAUCCUACAAUUGGUGAAGCUGUUGAUGCAUGGUGGAAUGAUGGUUGGUGGGAAGGUGUUGUAAUCGCCAAUGAAAAACCUGAAGCUGAGGACUUGCAAAUAUAUAUCCCUGGGGAGAACUUAUGCCUAACGGUGCUCAGGAAGGAUAUUCGAAUUUCCAGAGACUGGGUGGGAGACAGCUGGGUUGGUAUCGAUCCUAAACCCGAAAUACUCGCCAUAAUAUCAUCUGAUAUUAGCCUGGAAAUUAAGCUCUCCAUGUCUUCCACUCCUGCAAAAGAUGCCAAGGCUAAGCCCAUUGCUAUGCCAGAUAUUGUUGAGGAGGCAAUACCUGAAGGCGAUAAAGCGGACAAUUCCCUUUUAGGAGAACAGAACAAAGAGCAUAAAGAUGUUGGGGUUGUUAAGGAGGAUGAUGGAAGCAAACUUUCAAAAGAAGUGAACAAAGAGGUUGGAAGUAACCAAAGUAAAACCUAUGUCAACCAUGAAAAUACCGUGCAGGACCACAAAGAAGAUGAUGUUACCCUUAAUGAUGAGAAGCCCCGCAAAUCAGAAUCAGUCUUCACCCUAUCAAAAACUACUACCACGCUGGUGACAACGUAAAGAUGCUUUCUUGAAGUCAUAUAUAAUGAUGGUAAUUCUG